AUAAUGUCAACGAGAGCUGGCUUCGUCCGUCUGACGGUGCUGGUGACGGGGGCAUUCUUUGCCCUGCUCCUGCUCCUCAGUGCCCUCCAGCGAACGGAUGAACUGCGUCCCUCUGCCUCAAGGAUUAGAGAUAUUGAAGCCACGCCACCGCCGGCCCAUCAUCUCGAGGAGCCCAUCAAGGAGGAGCUGGUGCGACAGCUGGAACAGGAGUUGCCGGAGCUGGACUAUGGCUUCUGGUAUCGCUGGGCCAAGCCCAUGGGCUAUAAAAUCAAUACCACCUGUGCCAAGUAUCCAGAUCCCUUGGAUCUCCAGUUGCACAACAUCUACUGGCAGACCUUCCUCAGCGGUAAUGUCACCUUUCGGCUAUAUGCCGCCUACUUGGAUCAAAGGGAGGCGGUUAAGCAGAGGACGGUGAGGAUUCUGGCCACUGCCGAUCAGAUAGGAGAUGAAUUUCCACCCAGCCUGUGUCAGUUGUGGUAUGAGAACCACAGGGAACCGAUCUUAGUGCCCGUGUCGGAGUACAUCAGUGUGUGGGUCAAGGAGUGGGGCACCAAGCCCCAGCUCAGCUAUCCGCAUUUGCUGAGCUGCAUAGUGCCGGAGGAACUGCCUCCGGCAGUGCUGCAUUCUCUGCCCAAGACGGUGUCGUUGGUGGUCAAGCGCUGCGACAGGGCCAGCAAUUCGCUGAGGGUUAACCAGAAGGUGCCAUUAACAGUAGGGAAUGCCAACAAUAUCACCACCAAGAGUAGCAGCAACAGCUCCUCCUCCUCCUCCUCCUCCGCCACCCUAAACUUUGGUGUCUGUGUCAAGGGCUUUGAUUUCCCUUAUUUUGACCUCUCGGAGCGCCUCAUCGAAUGGUUUGAGCUGCAGCGCAUCCUAGGUGCCUCAAGGAUCUAUGCUUACAUGUACGAUGUUCAUCCGGCUGUGCAGCGGGUCCUGGAUUACUAUCAACGCACUGGUUACCUGGAGCUAAGACCCCUAACCCUGGCCAAUGGCAUGCCCCGAUUGAGGCACUACCAGCACAUGCUGCUCCAGCAAAGGAAACUGGAGAAGCGCCUCAACGAGCUGAUACCCUACAACGAUUGCUUCUACCGGAACCUGUACAGGCAUGAUUAUCUAGUCAAUGUGGACAUCGAUGAGGUGAUCAUGCCCAAGGGGGAGCACAGCAACUGGCAUCAGUUGGUCCAAAAGGUUCAUCAAUUGGAGGAGCAAAAGGCGGGCAAGUGCUCGGGCCGCUUUCCAGCCAUUUGUUUCAUCAAUUCGUAUUUCACCAAGGUCCCCUCGGAGCUGAGUGAUCACGAGGAGCAGGCCACCGCUGGGGAGCUGUAUGUCCUCCAGCACACGAUGCGUUUAAGGAAUUACUCGCUACCGGGCCGGGCCACAAAGUGCUUUCACAAUGCCCGGCUUUCGCUGACCCUGCACAAUCACUUCACUCUCAAGUGGCUGCCUGGUGGGUGUAAUCCUCGCACUGUGGACUCUACCUUGGCCCAGAUGCAGCACUAUCGGGAGCCGGAUAGCAAGUAUGAGCUCAGCGAUUUGGUUGAGGAUCGCAGCGUCUGGAAGUUUGCCAGUGAACUCCGCUCGGCUGUGGAGCAUGUGUGGCUUCAUUUGGACGAUGUGCUGGCCCAGGUCAGUGAUGUGGAGGAUCAGCAACAGCAGCUGGAUGAGGCACUGGACCAGGAUGGGGAGACCGAGCUGGAGCAGCAGCCGCUGCAGCAGGUUUUGCAGCCACCACCACCGCCGCCGCCGCAGCCGCCGCAGCCGGUAAAGGGAAGGAAGUCUUAG